AUGCUAGAUGACCACGCAACCGAUUCCAAUCACAAAAAGGCUCUCAACAUGCCAAAAGACCUUUGCCGACGUUAUGUCAAGGCUAUAGAAAAUCAUGAUGCUACCGAGAAGUAUUUCGCCGAAGUGUCACAGGUAGUCUCUUCAGACCUUAUUAAUCUUUGGACGCAACAAAUUACACAGGCAGAGGCCCAACGACUAACCAAGCCUCAAGUGAUGGACAUUUAUGCCGCAAAGGGGCGAGGACAGGACAGUGACAGUCAAAAUGUGGAUUCUGAUGUGGCAGGUUCCGAAGAUCCGAUAGAGGCAUAUAUGCUGUUUGCUUUGGUUGUUGAAGAAAAGGAAAUUGAGAUUCGCCUAUCUGUUCGCCAAUUGACAAGAUCACCUCGGCAUGCUGAUCCUCACAAGAUCCAAAUGCUCCGAGAGAAAUUGAAGCUACUCAUAGGAGAGCUUGAGCGUCUUCAGGAUGUUGCAGGCAUCGUAGAAGAAAACUCAACUCGGCAGGAAAGUAUUGUGGAAGUUCUGGAUUGGGCGGAUGAGUGCUCGCCUGAAGAGGUGGUAGAAGAUAUGCAAUCAACACUUACCUCCCCAUCCAUAGAGCUUAUCGAAGAUCAUAAAAUAUGUCUUCCAUCCCACGGAAAUGCGAGUCAAAGGCUUGUUCCCUAUGAACUGAAGGCACAAAUUGCUCAAGCAAAAUCACAUCUCCAUAAAAUUCGCAACCUAAUUGCCGAAAAAUCAUUUCAAUACUCGGAUGUCAUUCGUAAAGCACCUAGAAAGGGAGUCAGAACUCGUUCACGAGCAAAAGUGGAUGAAAUGAACCACAGAAUAACCUACUACAGCCAGUUGUAUACAGAAUGUCGGGCUCGUUUGGUUGUACUUGGUGCUGAUGAUUCUACUCUUCGCAAGUUCCAGGUACUGAAAAAGGAGGACAUAAAAACAAGCACAGCAAUACUGGAUCCCAACACACCUGGCUCUACGAGAGUCCAACUAUCGUGGAUUUGGCAUUCCGCCAAUCAGCAACGUCUUGGUCCCAACAUUGUUGCCGAAGGGGGUGAAUUUCGCCUCGCCAACUCUGAAGGCUCCAACAUAAAUCUGGAUGAGACAGAUCCGGAAACACUUACAGAGUUCAAGCGGGUCCACUGGCUACGUGCCAGGGCACAGUUUCAAAGGUGGAGUGAAGAGGCCACAAUCCUAGACUACGAAAUGUUGUGGACCGUGAACUACUUUGUUCAUAAAGCCGAGUGGUGGAGGUGCAGUGCUGAAGUUCAUAGAAAUGGCAAGGUUUUAGAUGGCGAUACAGUACAGAAAGGGCGAGUAGCAUAUGCCGAACGCCAAGCAUCCCUUUGGGACAACCUCGCCCGCCGAGCAGAUUAUCUUUUCCGGAUGACUAAUUCAAGUUAUAAAAAGCAGUUCUAA